CCCGGAAGUUCUGAGCUCUUUUGACUCGUGUAACUUAACCAAAGCAGUGAGCUCUUCUGCUUGUCAAACUCACUACCUGUCAUACUUCUAGCACUUCUCUGUGUUUGUGUGCGUUUGUAAUAAACAUGCCUCUUGAAUUUGAAUUGUGUCCCGGUCGCAAGAUCGGCGGGAACAACCCGUGUUUCAUUAUUGCAGAAAUCGGACAGAAUCAUCAGGGAGACAUUGAAAAAGCCAAGGAACUGAUCAAGAUGGCAAAGGACUGUGGAGCAGACUGUGCGAAGUUUCAAAAGAGUGAGCUGGAAUAUAAAUUCAACAAGAAGGCGUUGGAGCGGCCAUACACUUCAAAACACUCGUGGGGCAAAACCUACGGAGAGCACAAGCGCCAUCUAGAGUUCAGUCAUGAGCAGUACCGAGAGCUGCAGCAGUACGCAAAAGAAGUGGGCAUCUUCUUUACUGCAUCAGGAAUGGAUGAGAUGGCUGUCGAAUUCCUCCAUGAACUCAAUGUGCCUUUCUUUAAAGUUGGAUCUGGAGACACCAACAACUUCCCCUACCUCAAGAAAACGGCCCAAAAAGGGCGUCCCAUGGUAGUGUCCAGCGGCAUGCAGUCCAUGGAGACGAUGCGUCAGGUUUACAAGACUGUGAAGGAGUACAACCAAAACUUCUGCAUCCUGCAGUGCACAAGUGCAUACCCACUGGAACCUGAGGAUGUUAACCUGCGAGUUAUUGCGGAAUACCAAAAGGAAUUCCCAGAUAUUCCUAUUGGGUACUCAGGCCAUGAAAGCGGGAUCAGCAUCACAGUGGGGGCGGUUGCUCUUGGGGCAAAGGUUGUGGAAAGGCAUGUUACCUAUGACAAGGGAGCUAAGGGAAGCGAUCACGCGGCAUCCCUGGAUCAAGAAGAGCUGGCGGAGCUGGUGCGUUCUAUCCGCACGGUUGAGAGAGCUUUGGGCACCGGGGAAAAACGCAUGCUGAAAUGCGAAAAGCCGUGCCAUGAUAAGCUGGGGAAGUCUGUCGUGGCAAAGACAGCCAUCCAGAAGGGUACCCAAUUAACCCUUGACAUGCUGACCGUGAAAGUAGCAGAACCGAAGGGUGUAGCACCAGAAAAAAUCUUUGAGCUGGUGGGGAAGAAAGUGACAAUAGACAUUGAGGAAGAUGAAAGUGUCACUGUGGAAGCGAUCGACAACUAUGGCAAAAAAGUCAAAGCCUAAAGAAAGAUGAAAGUAUCCUCAAUGUGAUUCUCGGUCAGAGUGGAAAGAAAUCUACACAUAUUUGCACAUUUUCUCCAAAAUAUGCAUUAAAAUAUGGCACUAAAUUGUGUUUGUCUGUUGGUAAAACAGAUGUAACAAUACAACAAAUGGUUUUUGUAUCGCCACAAAUGCUCCUGACGUUGUAUGAUUAUCAUUUGCCAAAAACUUGAAUAAAUAAUAGAAAAA